GCUGAUAUCAGCAUGCCAUGUAACCUUUAGUUGACAAGGCAUGCUGGAUCUUGUAGCAGCACAAGUAGCCCAAGCCUGUAUGUCUAUAGAAGACUGCAUGCUUGGACUUGUAGUUCCACAUAAGUUAUUAAGCAAUACUUUCCCUAUACCUGGUCCGUUUUCUUUGUUUUUCCUAGCCCUGAAUAAACUGUUUUCCCCAUACAGGAUUGGAACAGAUUGGCAAUGCCCAAAGAUGAGCAGACUGUUGGUAGAGGCGUUUUAUGGAGGGUCCCACAAGCAGCUGAUGGACAUCUUUCUACAAGACAUUGAAGGCUGCGUUCUGUAUAGUCUCCCAGCUAAGAAAUGGCACUGGAGGGCCCGCACAGCUGCUCUGUACUUUAUGCAAGCUGUUCCACCCAGUGAUACUUACAGGGUCCUAUUUACAAGCUCAGUGCUUAACCUGGCUGAACUUGUUGCUCUCCGACCUGACCUUGGGAAGCUGAAAAAGGUCCUGUAUUUCCAUGAAAACCAACUGGUUUACCCUGUGCGAAAAAACCAAGACCGAGAUUUCCAAUAUGGCUACAACCAAAUCCUUUCAUGUUUAGUAGCAGAUACUGUGGUGUUUAACUCCACCUUCAAUAUGGAGUCUUUCCUAACAUCAAUCAACAAGUUCAUGAAGAUGAUACCAGACCACCGUCCGAAAGAUCUAGAACAGAUCAUCCGACCAAAGAGCCAGGUCAUCCACUUUCCCAUCCGGUUUCCUGACGUCAGCCGGUUUCUCCCUGAACACAAGAGAGUUUUACUUAAAAUUCUCCCCCAUAAAUCUCUGGAGAGUUUGGAUCACUCAAGAGAAUCUGAGGUCAUGUCACGAAAUGACGCCGCGGAAGAUGCGUCUGGUCAUUCUGAGCAUCAGAUAGGAGAAAAUGUGAUGCAACAAUCUGAGAAAUUAAUUGAUAUUAAAACUUCACUAACAGAGAAUUAUUCUGGAGCUGAUCAUGUGAUGUCAAACCCGUCCUCUUCUACUUUAAGAUGUGAUUCCCAGAGGCCUUUGCAUAUUGUCUGGCCUCACAGAUGGGAACAUGAUAAAGAUCCAGAAACCUUCUUUAAAAUCAUGAUGAGGCUUAAAGAGCAGGAGCUGCCAUUCCAUCUGUCGGUGCUCGGGGAAACCUUUACUGAUGCACCAGAGAUCUUUUCUGAGGCCAGAAUAUUCUUGGGUUCAGCAGUAUUGCACUGGGGUUUCUUACCCAGCAAAGACGAGUAUUUCCAAGUUCUCUGCGAGGCCGAUGUUGUGGUUUCGACAGCUAAACAUGAAUUCUUUGGCGUGGCAAUGUUAGAAGCGGUGCACUGCGGCUGCUAUCCUUUGUGCCCCAAAUGUUUGGUAUACCCCGAGAUAUUUCCAGCGGAAUAUCUGUAUUCGACACCUGAACAGCUUCUGAAAAAACUGCAGAAUUUCUGCAAAAGGCCUGAUAUUGUAAGGAGGCGUUCGUUCCAGGGUGAGACGGCUCCAUAUUCCUGGGCAGCUCUGAAUGGUAAAUUCACGUCUCUCCUUACAGCAGAACCCAGGAAAGAUCUGUGACAGAUGGGGCUAAGGCACAAACUUGCAGCCUAAGGCAGAAUUUGUCGAACUUUCCAGAGUGUGCCCAUAUUUACCUGAUCAGAGAAAAAAGAGAAAAAUCUGCAGAGGAAGCCGAGCCUGGCUUCUUGUCAUAGCUGACACAGAGCCAUCUGCCACAAACCUGUGGCAGACCCAGAGCUCGCAUCCCUGCCACCACCCCGGCUAAAAUUAUAUACACAUUCUCAGAGACAUUGGGAUGCCUUCACUCGCAGGAGAACUGUUCAGGGGGAAAGAAAAAAAAGAAAUCUGUGGCCUGUUGUAUAACCGCACUCAUGUAUCCCAUAUGUGGUGCCACAUCGAAUUUCCGGAUAAAUCUCUUUUUAUCCUUUGUACUGGAUGACAUGGUGCCUGAAUUCUUUCUUUUUUGCCGACUCGAUGGCAGCCAAGCUACAGCUUCAAACAUUCACACUUGGCUGGAUUUCUACCUAUGCUGCCAGGUUAUCAUCGGAGCCUCAUUGUGUCCUCAAAGGGCCACAGGGUCUGAAAGGAGGAUCAGAGUGCGACUGGGCUAAUUGGGCAGCCAUCCAUGAAUUGUUUGCAGGCGAAAGGGCCGCUGCAGCACUCCUCAAUUUUUUUAUUUUAUUUUGCAAAUUAAUGACUCCCUGGCACAGAGGUUUUUAAGUGAAGGUAUUAAUGAGAGGUCUGGCAGGUAUUCCCGUGUUUCACAGAGUUACAUUUGCAUUUAAUUAAUCUUAAAGAAAGCUUCAAGAUAAACAGCUGUAAUUCAUAGGAACAUGGGAAAUCUGCUUCAUAGUGCUAUCUAUCCGAUACACCAGAAGCCCAGACACUUGUUUUAGAGUGAAUAGAUAACAGAGGGACAGACGACUUUACAUCAGAAACCUUUAUGUUUUCUAACGCUUCCCAGAUAAGCAGAAUCUUGAGAUUAUUUAUCACUGCUAUUUUUUAAUCAUAAUGUUUUAAGAAUUGGGCACUGCUUCAAUAAAAGACUUUGUCUAUAUUGUGAGAAAAA